AUGGCGUCUAAUUCAGGACAUGUACGGAAUAAUCCUUUUGCUCGAAACUCUUCCCCAUCGCCCUCACCCGCUCCUAUACCCAGAAAUGGUCGACCCAAAUCUAUGAUCAUGACCUCGCCGCUGUCCGGAAACAGUAGUCCUUCGCACGCUCGGAACCAGUCGUACUCCUCUCUUGCGGGCGUUGUGGCUCCUAACAAAACUCUGAAUUCGCGACAUCGAACAGACUCGAAGGCGGGAACUCAAGCAUCUAGCACCUUUGCGCCAUCAUUCAUCCAAGGGGAUGAAAUGCGCCGCUCAGAGACAAUCAAGGGAAUUGAGGGAGAAAACGACUUUUCAGGGAAGAGAUACGUCUGGCUAAAAGAUGCUGAGUCUGCUUUCGUGAAAGGAUGGGUGGUUGAAGAGCUGGAUAAUAAUCAAAUACUUGUACAAUGCGACGACGGUAGUCAACGCGAAGUAAACUCAGACACUGUCGACAAGGUCAAUCCUGCGAAGUUCGACAAAGCAGAUGAUAUGGCAGAACUCACUCAUUUGAACGAGGCUUCUGUAGUGCACAACCUUCAUAUGCGAUAUCAAGCCGACUUGAUAUACACGUAUUCGGGACUUUUCCUGGUUACCAUUAACCCAUACUGUUCGCUUCCAAUAUACAGCAACGAGUAUAUCAACAUGUACAAAGGCCAAAGCCGCGAGGAUACCAAACCACAUAUCUAUGCUAUGGCGGACGAAGCCUUUCGGAACUUGGUAGAUGAAGGCGAAAACCAAAGUAUACUGGUUACCGGAGAAUCGGGUGCUGGGAAAACAGAAAAUACCAAGAAAGUCAUUCAGUAUCUUGCUGCAGUAGCACACUCAGAAUCGCCCGUCAAAAGUAGAGGACAUCAGCAUUCGAACCUAUCUCAACAGAUUCUUCGCGCGAAUCCGAUAUUGGAGGCUUUUGGUAACGCGCAGACCGUCCGAAACAAUAACUCUUCACGUUUUGGAAAAUUUAUUCGUAUCGAGUUCACGCGUGCGGGAACCAUUGCUGGCGCUUUUAUAGACUGGUAUUUGCUUGAAAAGUCAAGAGUCGUUCGGUUGAAUUCGCAUGAACGUAAUUACCAUGUUUUCUAUCAACUUCUAAAGGGAGCGGAUCGCCAAUUGAAGCGGGACUUCUUUUUGGAUGAUUUGGAUGUCGGAGAUUUCGCGUAUACUCGAGAUGGUCACGACACAAUUACUGGGGUCUCAGACCGCGACGAAUGGCAAGUGUUGAUCGAAGCUUUUAACAUCAUGGGCUUCUCCGAAGAGGAACAAUCAUCAAUACUCCGGACCAUCGCAGCUGUUUUACACCUUGGAAAUGUAACCGUGAUGAAAGAGAUUCGAGGCAGUGAUCAAGCGCGCUUAGCAGCGGACGCUUCUGUACAAGCGGAGAAGGUCUGCAAGUUACUCGGAAUACCACUGGAACCAUUUUUACGAGGAUUGCUACAUCCUAGAGUUAAGGCAGGACGGGAGUGGGUCGAAAAGGUACAGACACCAGACCAAGUACGUCUUGCAAUUGAUGCUUUAUCAAAGGGUAUUUAUGAGAGGAGUUUCGGCGACUUGGUAACCCGCAUAAAUCGACAACUUGACAGGUCUGGAAUGGGCAUGGACGAUUCGCAUUUCAUCGGCGUUCUCGAUAUUGCGGGUUUCGAGAUUUUCGAGCAUAACAGCUUUGAGCAGCUCUGUAUCAACUACACCAACGAGAAGUUACAGCAGUUCUUCAACCACCAUAUGUUCGUUUUGGAACAGGAGGAAUAUGCCCGAGAACAAAUUGAGUGGAAGUUCAUUGAUUUUGGCCAUGAUCUUCAGCCAACCAUCGAUCUCAUCGAGCUUCCAAACCCUAUCGGUAUUUUCUCUUGUCUCGACGAAGACUCUGUCAUGCCGAAAGCGACUGAUAAAUCCUUCACGGAGAAAUUGCACUCAUUAUGGGACCGAAAAACACCAAAAUACCGAGCAGCUCGGCUUGGGCAAGGUUUUCUGCUUACUCAUUAUGCUGCCGAAGUUGAAUACUCGACGGAAGGAUGGCUGGAAAAAAACAAGGACCCCCUUAACGACAAUGUCACUCGUUUAUUAGCAAUUUCCACAGACAAGCACGUCGCUGAGCUGUUUGCUGACUGCGCAGACGUCGACGAAGAAUUUGGAGCGACUCGGAGCCGUGUGAAGAAGGGCUUGUUCCGGACCGUCGCUCAGAGGCACAAGGAACAGCUAUCCAGUCUAAUGGCUCAACUCCAUUCUACACAUCCGCAUUUUGUGCGAUGCAUCAUUCCUAACCACAAGAAACGACCCAAGCAGCUGAGCGCGCCGUUAGUACUAGACCAGCUUCGAUGCAAUGGUGUGCUCGAAGGGAUCAGAAUUGCUCGGACUGGAUUCCCAAAUCGACUGCCAUUCUCAGAAUUCCGCCAGCGUUACGAAGUGCUGUGUAGGAACAUGCCGAAGGGGUAUUUGGAAGGACAAAUGGCUGCGUCACUAAUGCUUGAGAAACUCGGUUUAGACAAGGCAUUGUUCCGCGUAGGCUUGACCAAGGUGUUCUUUAGAGCAGGUGUGCUGGCUGAGCUGGAAGAGCAGCGUGACGCAUUGAUCCGAGAAAUAAUGUCCCGCUUUCAGUCGAUUGCGCGGGGAUUCACGCAACGCCGAAUCGCCCACAAGAGACUCUAUAGAGCAGAAGCAACUAGAAUCAUACAGAGAAACUUCCAAGUAUACUUGGAUCUGUGUGAAAAUCCAUGGUGGAAAUUGCUUGUCAAAAUGAAACCCCUUCUGGGUGCUACUCGGACCUCUGGUGAGGUGAAGAAGCGCGAUGAAAUGAUAUCAAAACUCAACGAGAAAAUGAAGCAAGAGGCUGAAGAACGACAACGUCUUGAUGAAGAACGCAGAAAUACCUACACGGAGAUGCAGCGCGUCCAGCAAACUCUUGAAAGCGAACGAGCGCUUGCAUUGGACAAGGAGGAGAUAUUCAAACGUCUGCAGUUGAGAGAAACAGAGUUGAGUGACAAAUUAUCAGGAGCUCUCGACGACCAGGAGAAACUCGAGGAUCAGCUAGAUGAUCUGCUUGAAGCAAAGAAAAAGGCAGAACAGAACUCCGAGCAGUGGAGAACCCAAUUGGAGCAGGCAGGCCAAAUCAUUGCCAAGUUAGAGCUCGAGAAGCGUGAGCUCUCGGAACGCCUCGAUAGCUUGGAAGCGCAAUUAGAAGACUUAGCCCACAGCCAGUCUGCAAGAAGUGCCGAAGAAUCGCGCCUGACGCAAGAGGUAAAUAUGCUUCAGAGCCAGUUGAAUCUUAAGGAUCGAAAAGUCACCGAUCUGGAGGGCAAAUUGCUCAAGGUGGAUCAGGAUCUUGAUGUCAAGUUGGCAAAGGCGACAAAGGAGCUUCAGGCUACCCAUGCAAGAGAACACGAGCUUGCCGCAGAAAAUCGCCGUAUUCACAAGCAAAUUGCGGACCUUUCAUCAACGUCCUCGAGUUACGAAGAUCUUGUUCGCAAGAAAGAAAGUGAACUCGCGGUACUAAAGUCAGAUAACCGGAAGUACGAAGAUGAACGCAGAAAUUUCGAUAGUGAACAAAAGUCAUUGAUGAAGGACAAGGAGCAGACUACCAGUCGUCUGCGAGAAGUCCAAGCUGAGAUGUUCGCUAUGCAAACUCAGAAGGCACACCUUGAGCGAGAGGCAGCAGACGCCAAGAAAUUGCUCGACGCGAAACUCAAUGAAGAUGCUCAAGCAGGACAGAAUCGCAGGAUGCUCGAAAAUCAAAUUUCAGACCUCAAGGAGCAAUUGUCAGAUGUUCAGAAAGAGCUCAGUACCGAGCGUCAGUCGAGGGAUGACGUUCAACUACUUGCGGAGGCCCGCUACGAGAAAUUGAAUAAUGAGUUCAAAGAACUCAAUGUCUCCAAGAUUAGAAUAGAGAAAGAACUUUACUCUCAACAGGAUACUCUUCGACGGGCUGUAGAAGCAAGAGCUACAGCCGAAAAGGAACGCAUGGAAUCGCAAUCGGAACUUCGGCGACUACAGAAUGUCGCAGCUGCCCUCGAGGAGGCCACUAAGCAAGCGCAACUGUCCAACGAUCGGGCAGCUCUUCAACAGGCUCGUGAGCGAGAAGCAAGCAUCCGAAAAGACCUGGAAGCUGAACAAUCUCGUGCAACUUACUUUGAGGAGGAGUGCGAUCGACUUAAUCGAGAAGUCAAGCAUUUGAACACAAUCAUUUCCGAAUCUGCCAAUUUUGGAGUGCGAAACGACACUGAAAAAGAAAGACUCGAACGGGAAGUUAAUACAGUCAGGAGUCGUCUUAUGGCGUCCGAAAAUGAUAACCGGGCACUUCUGAACAAACUCCAACAAAAGGGCUUAGAACUUGCCAGGUCUGGAUCGAGGGCUAAUGAGACUUCUCGCAACCAACUGCUCAACCUGCAACGCGAAAAAGCCAAAGUUGAUGAAGAGAACAAGAGGUUACACCGGCAACUAGGUGACGCGCAACUGGCGUUAGCUGCACUCGAAAAGCAAAAAGAAAAGUUAUCCUUAACUUUAGAGGACCUCAACCAUGAAGUUGAACGUGAACACAAGACUAGCCGGAACGCUGAGAAAGCAUCUUCGACGUUCACCAGCCAACUCGCAGAGGCAAAUCGCCAACUGGAGGAUGAACGCCAACUUCAUUCUCAAGCUCAAGCUAAAAACCGACAGCUUCAGUCAAUUAUCGACGCCCGGGAGAAAGAGGUCCUGGAGUUGAUGAAAAUCGUGGAUCCUGAGAUGACAACUCCUGUGCCUCAAUACGAUGGCGAAAGUGACCGCAGUCCUACAAAACAGCCAAAUCUUGUGCCUAAUCUUAUGAAGAAAGUCGAGGAACUGCACAAUAAUCUUCGUGUUCAAAGCGCAGGUCGUUCAAAUGCAGAAGCACAGUUGUCUGACUUGCGUCGACGAUACGAGGAUGAAUUCGGCGAGGCUGGGGGAAAGCAAUCACCAACACGUCCUAUGUUGGAAGAAAUACACCCAAACCAGGUCCCUUUCAAUCAAUCACCAACUCGUCUCCGCGAAAAGCUAAAUGGCAGACCUCGCUCAAAUGUCUCCACGCCCACUAGACGAUUUCCAAGCAGUGGUACCGAAGCGGCACAAGACUCUGCACGGUCUGACCGGACUGCUGAUAUUUUGAGCUUUAACAACCGAAUGGAUCUCAAAGCUGAUUACGAAGAACUACAAAAUCAGCUUCAGCUUACACAGAUGCAAAAUAGACAUUUGCAGAGCCAACUGGAACGAUCUACGCCAUCACGCGAGUCGUGGCCAGAAGACAGUCCAUCUAUUCGACGAGUUCAAAAACUCGAGCAGGCUAACAGUAGACUGCACGAGCUUCUCGACGACUCUGCCAAAAAAGUUUCUAGUCUGGAGAAGAGCAUCCAGUCCGGAGAGUUGUCCCUUCGUGAUGUCCAAACAAGGUCGCAUGAGGAACUUUUCGAACUCAUCAAUAACCAAGAGGAUUCACGACGAUCUCUAUUGCAUGCUCACAAGGACACUGUUGCUGAUUUGAUGGAUACAAAAAAGCAUUUCGAAGCCAUGAAGCAUGCGCGCGCAACCUUGGAGGUAGACCUUAGAGAUGCCAAGUCUGAUCUCGAAGAAUUGAGUCUUCAGAGGGAUCAGGACGCUGCAAGCAGAAGCCAACUUCUGCAAGAAUUCGCCGAUCUUCAGAUCAGACUAGAUGCAGAGUCGUCUAAACUGGUUGAUGUGACUUCCAGUUUGUCGUUGUACAAAAGCAGAGCCGAUGAAUAUUUCAGUAAACUCGAACAGGCCGAAAUCGCAGUGCUGAAAGCGUCACGGGCAGAACAGUUUGCAAGAACACAAGCCAAGGAAGUUGAAGAAACGUGUGCGGAGAUUAUGUCUGAACGCAAGCAGAUGGAUUCGACGAUUGAGGAUCUUCAGCGACAGAAUCAGCGAUAUGAAGAAAAGCUUGAGGAUAUCUCAGCGGAUUUGGAAGCAGCUGUUCAAGCCAGGAAGCGACUGCAACAUGAGCUUGAAGAUUAUCGUAGUCAACGGGCCAUGGAUAUUGAGGACAAGGAGUCAAGUAUGGAACAGACGCGCAAGAAGUAUCAAGCCGAAUUCGCGACCAUGACGAACGAGCUCGAUAUUGCGAGAGAAGAAAAGCUCUUUAAGCAAGCUGAGAACACUAGAUUAAGAGAAGAGCUUGAUGAACUUCGGUCGAAGUGGGACGAUGAAGUGCUCAAUAGUUCCACCUGGUCCAAGGAGAAGGCUCGUCUUGAGUCGACGUUAUCAGACUUGUCAGCCUCUCGGGAUGAGGCCGUCAAUGCCCACAAAGACGCGCAAGAGAAGAUUGUCAGCUUCUUGUCUCAAGUUCGUGGGCUCCGUGCAUCUAUUGAUGAGCUUAACGCAGAACGCGACAUCCUCCAUAGAGAAAAGCGUGCACUCGAGGCUCGUCUUGAGGAGGCGAAAGCCGGCCUUGAUGAUCUGUCACGAAGCGACAGCCCAGCUCUACGCAACGCUGCUGGUAUCGAUCGCGAAAUUCUGGAGCUCAAGGCUAAUCUUGCGCAACAAGAAGAUAUUUCCGCUGCAGCUGUCGGCAAAAUGCGCCGUGCAGAAGCUCUAGCGGUUGAGAUGCAGAAAGACAUCGUUUCAGAAAGAGAAAUGACGGCUCAGCUCAACAAGGAAAAGGCUGCUCUCGAAAAGUCUCUAAAGGAGCAUCAGGUCAAACUGGUCGAUCUUGAGACUAAGGGUUAUUCUAGCGCUAGUCAAGAUGUCAGGUUCUUACAUGGUCGUGUUCAAGAGCUCGAAGCACAACUUGAGUCCCACGAAAACGAGAAGAACAAAUCUCAGCGAUCAGUCCGCAAUGUCGACCGAACUGUCAAAGAUCUCCAGUCUCAGAUAGACCGUCGAGACAAGAUCAACGCUCAACUCGAGGAAGACGUGACACGUGCUCGUGAUCGCGCCGAGAAACUCCUGAAAACCAUCGACGAACUUCAAAGCAGCGACUCUGCGAACCAGCUCAGCGCGCGCAGAGCGGAACGCGAACUCCGCGAGGAGCGCGAGAAGGCUCUGCGUCUAGAACGUGAAUUAGAUGGCUGGAAAGCGAUGAGAGGAAAGGAUAUCCUGACUCGAAGUGGUACCUCGACUUGGACGUUGGGUGCGAGCGCCGAGGAGAAUGGAAUCGAGAUUCCGAAACGGAAGAGUAGCGUCAAUCGACAUGGUAGUAAUCGACAUAUGAGUAUGAGUAAAGGGUUUUUAUGA